GGGGAGGGGGGGAUGGCGCGGACCCCGGGGCCGGCUCCACUGUGCCCCGGAGGCGGCAAAGCACAACUUUCCUCCGCUUCUCCCCCCGGGGCCGGGCUCCUGCUGCCGCCCCCGACGCCGCCGCCGCCGCUGCUCUUGCCGCUGCUGCUCUUCUCUUGGCUCUGUGGUGCCUUAGCUGGACCGAUUAUUGUGGAGCCACAGGUCACAGCAGUGUGGGGAAAGAAUGUUUCGUUGAAGUGCUUAAUUGAAGUAAAUGAAACUAUAACACAGAUUUCAUGGGAGAAGAUACAUGGCAAAAGCUCACAGACUGUUGCCGUUCAUCAUCCUCAGCACGGAUUCUCUGUCCAAGGAGAGUAUCAGGGGAGAGUCUUGUUUAAAAACUAUUCCAUUAGUGACGCAACAAUCACCCUGCAUAACAUCGGGUUCUCUGAUUCGGGAAAGUACGUGUGCAAAGCUGUCACAUUCCCGCUGGGGAACGCCGAGUCCUCUACAACUGUGACUGUGCUAGUUGAACCUACUGUGAGCCUGAUAAAAGGGCCAGAUUCUUUAAUUGAUGGAGGAAAUGAAACAGUAGCAGCCAUUUGUAUCGCAGCCACUGGAAAACCAGUUGCACAUAUUGAUUGGGAAGGUGAUCUUGGAGAAAUGGAAUCCACCACAACUUCUUUUCCAAAUGAAACAGCAACAAUUGUCAGCCAAUACAAGCUUUUUCCUACCAGAUUUGCCAAAGGAAGGAGAAUUACUUGCGUUGUGAAACAUCCAGCCUUGGAAAAGGACAUCCGAUAUUCCGUCAUAUUAGAUAUACAGUAUGCUCCUGAGGUUUCAGUAACAGGCUAUGAUGGAAACUGGUUCGUAGGAAGAAAAGGUGUUAAUCUCAAAUGUAAUGCUGAUGCAAAUCCACCACCCUUCAAAUCUGUGUGGAGCAGGUUAGAUGGACAGUGGCCUGAUGGUUUAUUGGCUUCAGACAAUACUCUUCAUUUUGUCCAUCCACUGACUUUCAAUUAUUCUGGUGUUUAUGUCUGUAAAGUGACCAAUUCGCUUGGCCAAAGAAGUGAUCAAAAGGUCAUCUAUAUUUCAGAUCCUCCUACUACUACCACCCUUCAGCCUACAAUUCAGUGGCAUCCUUCAACUGCUGACUUCGAGGAUCUAGCAACAGAACCAAAAAAAUUGCCCUUCCCAUUGUCAACUUUGGCAACAAUUAAGGAUGACACGAUCGGCACGAUCAUUGCUAGUGUAGUGGGUGGGGCUCUCUUCAUAGUACUUGUAAGUGUUCUGGCUGGAAUAUUCUGCUAUAGGAGAAGACGGACGUUUCGUGGAGACUACUUUGCCAAGAACUACAUUCCACCAUCAGAUAUGCAAAAAGAAUCACAGAUAGAUGUUCUUCAGCAAGAUGAGCUUGAUUCUUACCCAGACAGUGUAAAAAAAGAAAACAAAAAUCCAGUGAACAAUCUAAUACGGAAAGACUAUUUAGAAGAGCCUGAAAAAACGCAGUGGAACAAUGUAGAAAAUCUCAAUAGGUUUGAAAGACCAAUGGAUUAUUAUGAAGAUCUAAAAAUGGGAAUGAAGUUCGUCAGUGAUGAACAGUAUGACGAAAAUGAAGAUGACUUAGUUUCACAUGUAGAUGGUUCCGUAAUUUCCAGGAGGGAGUGGUAUGUUUAGCAACCACUAAAUAUGACUUAAUGUACAAUGUUUCAUUCAUACUAGUUGAUCAUUUUCAGAUUGUUCAUACUUUUUCUUGGGGGAAUAAUAAGCUUUUUCAACUUGAUUUUCAAGCUUACUUUUUAUAUUCUGAUUUGACAAAUGGAAAUGUAAAAUCUGGGUUCGAUGUAUCUGAGCUGCUUUACAAUUUUUUUCAAUGCUGUACUACUGUCUCAAGAUUUAAAUUUUAAUGCAGAGUACUUUAUUGGUCUGAGGCACACAGGUAAGAAGAAAUGUCAACAUUAAAUGUAUGACUUUUUGGUACAAAAAUUAAAAGAAACAAAAAAAAAAGGAAGCUACCUUGGUAUUGUGUAUUAAAUGUUUACCUAAGACUAUAUAAUCUCAAGUAUAAUGUUUGUUGAACAUAUACCUCUCAAAAUUUAUCACCACUAAAUGAUAUUACAUCUAAAUUGACUAUAAAACUAAUUCAAGAAAUGUUUAUAUAUAUUUUUAGUAUACAAAAAAUUCAGCUUGGUGGAACACCUUUUCUUUUCAAACAUUGUUUUCUAUGUUUCUAUACAAAUGGAAUCUUUACCUCUGCAUUUUAAUGAGCCUUGCCAUAGUUACUGUAGAGUGGCUUUCAAAGGUAUUUUGUUGCACUAAAAACUGGUAGUAAACUCAGUGAACAUGAUGUGUGGAAGAGCAUAAUUAGCUGAUCAAUAGUUUUGUCCAAAAUACAUUUAAAAGUAAUAAAAACAUGCCUUUUAAACAUGAUAAUUAUUACAGUUUUUUUUCAUCUCUGGAGGACAAUGCUUAUAUUGUCAUGCAAACGUUGGUACAUGAAGUGGUAGUUUGUUUUAAUGCUUUAUGUGCUAAAUAUAAGAAUAAUAAUGAGAAGAUGGUACGUAGUUUAAUAGAGUGUAGAGAGGGCAUCUCACUGUAGGGAAAACCAUGUAAGCAAGCGAACAAGCAUUGGAGUACCACUCAGAUAAGGAUCUGUGCAAAGAAUGUGGUAGACCCUCUUGUUUCAGUCAUUUAUUAUUGAUGUUGUUCAAACGGGUAAAUAUAUAUAGGAAAAAAUAGAAUAAACUUGGAAAUUUGAGAUUUAACAAGAAAAAAAUCUGAGUUAUAGAACCUGUCACUAACACUUGCUGAUGGAUGUUGUCAAACCAUCCCCUCUUUUCUCCUAAAUGUUUGUAUGUGUUUCAAGAUUUUUGUUUUUCCAAUUAAAACUGGAAACAUCAUGAGGUUUUUUUGUUUUGAUUUUUACAUAAUUAAGUUUAUUCUUUCCAAAAAUCAUGCAUCUUUUGCAAAAGAAAUCUUUCUUAAAUCUUCAAAUGUGGAUCUUCUUUGUGAGGUAAUUAAAUUGCUUCUGCGGUGGGAUUCUAUACAACUAUAAUAAUGACAACUAUUUUGUAACCCGUAGAAUAUAUUUUUCCUGUUGAUUAUUCAUUUGAAAAAAGGACUGUAGAAUUGCCUUUAGGUGUUUUGCCAUGGAAUUGAAAUAGAAGUUAGUAGGAGAACCCUAAAUUGACUUAUUUUGUUAAUAAAGACAAAGUAGUUACUUUUUUUUUUUUGGCCUUCUCAACCUACCCCUUCUCAAUCCUCAUCAGAUCUAAAAAAAGAUAUUUUUAUAAGGCAAAGUUCUAACAUGUUCAUAGAAUUUUGCAAGCUUUAAUCUCAGUGAUUAUAACUUAGUUUAUUUUAACUAGCAGUAUUUUGUGGAAGUUUGAAAUCUAUUUUCUUUCUCUCCCUCAAAUGCUCAGUAUAGUAUUGAUUAAGGAUACAAUUAGGUAAAAUUAGCUGAUGUCCUGUUGAAAAUAUUUGUUUUAAAUAUAGCUUACCACUGCAAAUAUUAAGACUCUUUAAUCCAAAUCAUUGGAAUAAAAACUUUCUUGAUAAUACUCUUACGAUUGAAGUGACUUUUAAUUAAAAUGUUAGUAAUGAUAUAUAUGGCCAUAGAAAGAUCAAUCUGAAGCUUUUUUCCUUUGGAAGAUGUAAACUUGUGCCUUUUUGGAUCAGAACCUCAUCUUUGGAACAGAGGUCUGAAGUGUUGUAUGAAUUUGAGAAGAGUAACCCCAUUUAGAACAUCGUACGGGUCUCUGUUUGAGUCUGAUCUGAAGGAAGUCAGCAGCGUUUCAGGAGCUGUGUUUUAAAAGUAUAAAUAUCUGCUUAGUGAUCGUGAAUUUCCAUUUCAGUUGUGGUCAUUGUGUGGUUAGGGCUUUUUGUUUGUUUAGUUUUUGCUGGUUGGUUUUGUUUUUUGCAGUGGAGGGUGACAUGGAAAACUGCAAGUGAGUAUUUGAUAUAUUCUGUAUCCUUAAUCCAAAGCAUUUGGCAAGCUAAAAGACUUCAGAAUUGUAAGAAUUUGCUAUUAAUGCUUAAGACUUUCUGAAGCAUUGCACUGUUGUUUAUUAGAACUUUAUGUAUGUUUACUGUACAUAGAGACUUGUUUGUAAACAUAGUCAUAUUAAUAAACAUUUUGUUAAAUUAAUUUUGAAUAUCAGUAAUGUACACAGCUGACUGAUGAGUUGAACUCCUACUCUCUUCUUGGAAAAGAUGGCAGAAUAGUUUUACUAUAUUUUGGCCAUGUUUAUAUUUAUUACCAUGUAUUUGGGCUGGUUUUUCAUUUUUGUAUUCACUUUAGAGUUUUCUUUCACACUGGUUAAAAUACUUGUACAGUGGAGAUUAAUUCAACUCUUUUUCCCUUUUUUUCCAUUUUUAUUGAAAUGUCUUGAAACUUUUAAUAGGAUAGGGGUUAACUUUAAAAGUGAUAUUUGAGAAGUACUUUAUAGUUGAAAGAUUUAGUAUUUUACCAUGUGCCUGAAAGGUUUCCAUUUGAUAAGUCUAACAUUAAAGAAAUCGUUAAGCUUUUUCAGUAGUAGAAUUGCUUCUGAUAGCCAUAAAUAGGAAAGUUUUAUAAUGGUAUCCCUGGCUGAAUGUUCAGCACAAGAGGCUGUAGGAAGUAUAAUGUAUACUUGCAAACAUUGAGAGAAAUGUAGCAAUAUUAGAUGUGAAGACAUCUGUUUUGAGUUUGGUUUUGCUUUUGGUAAAUACUGCUAAAAACAAAAGUAUGAACAAGAAGUUAUUAAUGUGUGGAAGUAAUCAAUGUAAAGUAUAAGAAAGAAAUGGUACCCAUAUUGAUUUUUUAAUUUUAACGGGAAUUAUUUACAGAUUGAAUUGUUUUUCUUAUUUACUUGUUGAUGUAUCAUCCAUAAAAAGCUCCUUUCUCAAAUUUUUGGUAUGUUGGGAUAUAUUUAAUUUUGAUUUGUACCAGGGAUUUUUUUUUAUCAAGUUACUUAUCUGGUGGUAGCCCCAAUAGCUGCGCAACAAAUCUUUAAAUAAAAGUUUUUUUAAAAAAUU